UGUUGGAAUGCGGUGUUUAUGUAAUAUGAUUCAGUUUUUAUAUUGAUAAUUUUUUUUUUUUACUUAUUUUAUUUGUUAUUUACGUUUGCUCCUGUAGGAAAAUUCAACUAUUCUUCACGUGUUGGCGUACAACGCAUCUGCGUCAUUACUGAGACGUGCAUUAGAGAAAACGAGUGAAAAUGUUAACAAGACCAAUAAACAUGGAUGCACACCGCUACAUGACUGUCUGUAUGCUUCGAGGCCCUUUGAGGUACAGCGAAAUACGGCAUUGUGCCUAAUGGAGUAUGGCGCAUUACUCUCAAUAAAAGAUAAGUAUGGAAAGACGCCUCUUGAUCUGUACGAUAAUAAUGCAUGUAGUGAAUACGAUAAAUUCUCCAAAGGAGACAACAAGUUAAAUAUGAGACAAUCACUUGAAGAUCGGGCUGUUCCAUCAGAGAUAUUAGCUAGAGGUGGUGACGCCCUAAAGGCUUACAACGAUGCAAAAGAAAAUGGUACAAUGACUGUUGUUAAUUCAAGAAUGAAGUUCCUUGGGAAAGAAGGGUCAGGAAAGACUUGCUGUAUAAAAGCCAUGCUUGGGAAAGAAUUUAAUCAGAAAGAGCCGCCAACUGAUGGUAUUGUUAAAAUUAUCGUCUUCCAAACUGUUGGCAGCGAUUGGAGUAAAUGGGAGGAGCAGGAAAAUAUAGACGUGUGUGGACGAACCAAGCAGGUACUUGAUGACGCUAUCAUCGCAAGAACUGCAGAGGAGCUGUUAAAAACACAACAUAGUACAUCUGGUCACAGCUCUACUAAAUCUGUAACUCUACCUGCUUCAUCCUCAAUUCAUCCUGGAGAAAAGCGCAAAGUAAAGAAAUCUCUGUCGGUGCCAACAAGUACUUUCAAAAGUGACAAACCCCCGAUCAAGAAGCUUAUUAAAGAAAUUCAAGAUCAGAUAAUUAAAUCUAGUACGGCAGAUCUGAGUGGUGUAACUUGCAUAUGGGACUAUGCUG